AGGAGCAGGGACCACACUGACACACCGUGAGACACAAGGAGAGAGAGAGGGAGUCAUGCCCGUGUGGAGCCGAGCAGCAGCAGCGAGGAGCUGCCGGGCUGCCUCGCCUGUGUGAGAGGAGCAGCGCUGCCCUGCUGGAAUAGUGAAUCGAGGAAGAAAAAGGAGGACAAGAGAAAAGAAGAGGAGCAGGAAGGAGGUGAACUCGUGCCAUGACUGGGACCAGGAGGAGGGAGCAGGCUCGCUGAGAUCAUGGACCAGGCUAAGGGUCGGAGGGAUGGUCUCUCCUCAGCCGGUGACAACCCUCGGCCGCCGAUGGCGACCCGGUCGGGAAGGGAGGGGGUCGGCAUGGGCUGGAAGGGUCCCAGGACCCUGGUCCUCCGCAAGAACUCCCAGGGUUUUGGGUUCACGCUGCGCCACUUCAUCGUUUACCCUCCAGAGUCCACCCUGCACACCAACCUCAAGGAUGAGGAGAAUGGAAAUGGAAAGGGGUAUCAGAAAGGUCGCCUGGAGCCGAUGGACACCAUAUUUGUGAAGAACGUGCGGGAGAAAGGUCCGGCCCACCAGGCGGGCUUAUGCACAGGGGAUCGGCUGGUGAAAGUGAACGGCGAGAGUGUUUUAGGGAAGACGUACUCGCAGGUGAUCGCCCUCAUUCAGAACAGUGAGAGCGUGCUGGAGCUCUCCAUCAUGCCAAAAGAUGAAGAUGUGCUUCAGUUGGCAUACUCCCAGGAUGCCUACCUGACAGGCAACGAACCCUAUUCCGGGGGAGCUGAGCACCUCCCACCCCCACCGCCCCUCUGUUACCCACGCACCACGCCCACCACCCCUGCUGGAGCCCCUCCACCUACACCCAUGGGCCAGAACCAGCUGGAUAACUGGAGUCGCUGGCCGGGCUCUUCCAGCCCCUCUUCACCCCUGGAUAACCACUCGGCUCUGGGCAGCCCCGCCAGCUGGCAGGAGGGGCGGGCGGGAGAGCCUGGGGGUGUGGGUCACAGCAGCCCGGCCCACCGCACAGAGGAGAUACAGUAUGGUAUGACCAGCAAGCAGCCUCAGGGCCAGACCAGGGGGCGCUCCUACUCUUCCUCUUCCUCGUCAGGAGGCCCCUUGUCCAGCCCGCUCCAAGUCCACUACCCAAACCACCACACUGUCAGUCCCCAUCAGCCCCAGCCACGGAAGUCCAGCUCGGCCUGGACCAGUCCUCCCCUGCCACAGCUCAGCCACGGUCAAAACGAGCGCUGCCAGCAGGCGCUCACUGACUGGUUCUACAGCCAGAGGCCUGAGCAGCCAGGGCGCUGCAUGCAGACGCGCCACCGCAGCUACUCUCAGGACCGGCUCAGUGAAACAAGGAGGCAGCAGCAGCGGUCGGGUGGCUGGCCGCACAGUGCCUCCCAGGACACUCUGCUGUUAAUGCAGCAGUCCGGACCAGGACCCCACGGAGAGCCCUGCUGGUCAUAUGGGGACUGGGAGGGGGGGCCGGGCAGGGGACCCCCUGGCACUAACUAUACUCGAACUCGCUCGGAAAACCUCCUGGCCCAGUACGAUUGUCAUGGGCGCUCGUUAGAGAUGCUGGACCGAGCAGCAGCUGGAGUGGUCUCACCUCGGUUCGAGAGGCCGUCGUGGCACCAACAGGCUCCACAGCCGCCCCCCAGGACCGAUGCUUACCCCAGACAGGGGGGACAUUUUGGUGCGUCACAAGCUCCUGUGGUACCACGACACACACAGUCACAUUCUAAACACCACCCACAGCCACAUCCCCAGGCCCAACAAGCUGCCCCCCAGACCAGGCGGCUCCCCACCGGGCAAAGCAUGGACGACCAACCGGUGGGCUACCGCAGCUACAGCCCCUCUUUUUACCGCAAGACCGGCCGCAUCAUGCAGCAAGCGCACUCUUUCAGGGACCCCUCGUACUCUGGUCCUCACUUGAACUGGAACUCAACACCUAAAACCAGCGCCCCAGAGGUCACAGCGGCACCCGUCACCUCCUCUACGGCCUCUCCCCUUGCCUCCGCCACUCCCGAGUCCCAGGACAGAGCUUACAGGCCGACCAACCACGAGAGGGAACGAGGGUCGGCGGAGGUGGAGACGGAGGUGGUGCCACAGACCCAGGAAGUGGUGUUGAGGCAGAAACCUCCAACCGGGCGGAGGAACGCCCACGGCUUGCGCCAUCCCCACUACGCGCUGCCCAUGGAUGGGCUGGAACCCUGUUUGUUUUCCUCAGAUCCUCAGGACUCAGCGCCCCCUCCUGGUUCCUCGGGAGACGUACCCCCGCGCAAACCAAACGGCAACCUCGCGCCGCUCUCCCUAGAGGACGACUCUCUGGCCUCCAUCCCCUUCAUUGAUGAGCCAACCAGCCCCGGCGCCGACUUGCGCGCCCGCCACGUGCCGGCGUCCUCCGUGGUGUCCAGCGGCAUGAAUUCGGCGCCCGCCGUUGUCACCAGCCCCGCCUCCCCCACCUUCACCUUCCCUAUCACUAGGCUCUUCUCACACGACUGCAGCAGUAUUAAAUCCAGUCGCCGUUCCUCCUAUCUUCUAGCCAUCACCACGGAGCGCUCCAAGUCAUGCGACGAAGGACUCAACACGUUCAGGGAGGAAGGCCGGGUCUUCUCGAGGCUACCAAAGAGAGUGAAGAGUUUCUUCACCGACGGGUCACUGGACAACCUUGGGACAGCAGAGGAGGUUCGAUCUAAACGCCACUCCACCUCCGAGCUGGGAAACAUCACCUACAGCGACGUGCGGAGAGAAGGAUGGCUGCACUAUAAACAAAUCCUCACCGAGAAGGGCAAGAAGGUGGGCAGCGGCAUGCGUCCGUGGAAGCGAGUCUUUUCGAUACUUCGCUCCCAUUCGCUGUUCCUCUACAAGGACAAGCGGGAGGCGGUGCUCCGGGGGGCCACGAUCGGUGGCUCGGCGGAGGACGACCAGCCUAUCAGCAUCCGGGGCUGCCUGGUGGACAUCGCAUACAGUGAGACCAAACGAAAACACGCCCUGCGACUGACCACGCAGGACUUCUGUGAGUACCUGCUGCAGGCGGAGGACCGGGAGGAGAUGCUGGACUGGAUAAAGGUCAUCAGGGAGAACAGCAAGACAGACAGCGAGGAGCUUGGAUUUUCCAGACAGGCCCUCAUCAAUAAAAAACUGAAUGAUUACAGAAAACAAAGUCCGACAGGCAGCAAGCCAGACUCGUCUCCCAGGAUGGCCCGCAUGAAGCCUCCCUUCCUGCAGAACAAGACGGAGAACGCUGCCGCAGCGCCACGCUCCCCCAAACAAGAUGGCAAAGAUGAGAGCAGCCCGCCAAAGUCUCCGUGGGGCAUCAACAUCAUGAAGAAAACCAAGAAGGCCGGGCCCAAAGCUUUCGGUGUGAGGUUGGAGGAUUGUCAGCCUGGUGUAAUUAACAAGUUCAUCCCAUUGAUUGUGGAGAUCUGCUGCGGCCUGGUGGAGGAGAUGGGUCUGGAAUACACCGGAAUCUACAGGGUCCCCGGGAAUAACGCCGUGGUGUCGAUGCUUCAGGAUCAGCUCAACAAGGGCGAUCAGAUCAACCCUGCAGAGGAGAAGUGGCAGGACCUGAACGUUGUCAGCAGUUUACUCAAAUCCUUCUUCAGGAAACUCCCAGAGCCGCUCUUCACCAACGACAAGUACAACGACUUUAUUGAUGCAAAUCGGAUGGACAAUGCAACUGACAGAUUGAAGACUAUGAAGAAACUGAUCCGAGACCUUCCUGAUUAUUAUUUCCACACUCUGAAGUUCCUGGUUGGUCACCUGAAGACGGUAGCAGACAGCGCAGAUAAAAACAAGAUGGAGCCUCGUAACCUGGCGCUGGUGUUCGGGCCGACGCUGGUUCGGACGUCUGAGGACAACAUGAAAGACAUGGUCACACACAUGCCUGACCGCUACAAGAUAGUCGAGACGCUCAUCCAGCAUUACAUCUGGUUUUUCACUGACAAACUAGACAAGGAUGAAAAGACGCCUGUGGAAGCGGAGGACGUGCAGCCUGUCCCCAACAUCGACCACCUGCUGCCCAACAUCGGCAGGACCGGUCUGCUCGGGGAGGCCUCAGACUCAACCAACAGUGACUCAGCUAAAUCGAAGGGGUCGUGGGGGUCAAAGAAGGACCUCACAGCGAAGGACUUCCUGACUCUGUCCAUCAUGUCAGCUGUGUCCGGCCGCAAGCGCAGGAAGCGGCAUAACGGGCGCCGCGUGGGCAGCAGCACCGACGACGACUCAGAGCACGAGCCAAUCAAAGCCGGACAUCUAGGGGCAGAGGAGGGAGAGGAGGCGGCGUCUCCUGCAGGGGACACUGCUCCCCGGGCAGAGGCGGAGGAAGAUGACGAUGAUGAGGAAGAAGAAGAAGAAGAGGAAGAUGAGGAAGUUGUAGAAAGCGGAGUGAAAGAGGAGGUAGAACAAGAGGUGGCGGCGGUUAUUCCCAGUCGGCCGUGCUGCAAAGAGGAAGAGGAUGCAGGAGGAAGACAGGCAGUGAUACUGCUUCAGGAGGAAGAGCCGAGGGCAGAGGUCAAAGGGCCGGCAUGGCGAUCGCCGGAGGAUGCACGCUCCAUCGUUUCCGGUUACUCCACCCUCUCCACCUUGGGGCGCAGCCUGGGGUCCGAGGGGAGGGGGGACGACGCCGAUGACGAGACCAGCGAGCUGGUGAGCGAGACGGACAACGAGAGCGGCUUCGCCUCGCGCUCCCUCACCCAGGAGAGACCCGAGAAACACCCCGACACACCGGUGAACACACAACCGCCAGCCGCCCCGCGCAGCUUCCUCUACACACACUACAAACCCCCGGUGCUCUCACCCACCAACCUGCUGGCCCCGCCCACACACACACCAGACUCUGCGGAGAGGAGUGAAGGAGGGGCGCGCUCCACCACGCCCUCGUCCUCCUCCUUCUCCUCCUCCUCCACCACUCACAGACUGCACUCGCGGCCUUCCUUUAACUCCCACAAGCUGAUCCAGUGUGACACUCUUGCCAGGAAGAAGAUGAAGUCGGAGAAGUCCAAGGCCCGCUCCCUGGACCUGAUGGAGCUGGCCGAGGCCGCCGCCCAGUGCGACGGGGCCGGCUCUGGGUCGGACGGUGCGCCCAGAUUGAGAAGAGACGCAUCCAGAGCCAACCCCUCCUCAGGCAGCAGUCAGGAGAGCCUGCGCCCUGCCCGGCCCAAAACGGCUCUGCCGCCCUGCGAGGCCGCCUCCUUCACCCCGACCGGCCCUGGCGGCAGGUCUCUGGCUGAGCAGGUGCGCGCUCGCCUGCUGGGAUCCGCCGACGACCUGCGCAGCGUGGGACUGCGGAAACCGCUCUCCCCCGAGACGCGGAGGAAGAGGCGGGCCUGGCGCCGACACACCGUGGUGGCCUCCCCGACUGAGACGUCCGACAAGAGACCCACUAUGAUCUUCAAUGACUUCCCCCUGUCCCCUAUCAAUCAAAACCAGGUCAAAUCACCAGGGCUGCCUCGGGAUGCAGACGUUCUCGAACAAGAACCGGCUGCACGUCAAGUCCCCACCUCUAGAUUCCACCAGUACCUGUGAGCCUUGCCAGGUAACACCACCCUCCAGUCCAAGGAAGGCUUCGGGGGGGCUGGGGUCCGGCCAAGCUGCAGACCCCCCCCCCUGCAGGUCAUUAGACCCCAGCAGCGUGAACAGAGUUGUGGUUAGUUGCCGUCAGAGCAGCCCACCCUUUUUCUUUUUGAUAAGCUCCGUUUGCAUGGCGAGGGGCAUUCGGGUGUUGCCAAAGCUUUUGUUUUCUCUCUUUCCUAUAUGUGUGCUUUUAUAGAAAAUAAACAGGAACAGGGCAGAGACACAAACAGACCUCAUCACAAUCAAUGUCACAGCCAAGAAUUCUCAUGUGAGCAGCCACCGAGCGUCCUUCCCGUCUUCUCUUCCUUCCAGCCUGGCUCACAGACGUAAACACAGGGUUAAAACCCCUUCAAGUGACCAGAGGAGGGUUCGGAAACGCGACCUUCCUGUGUCUCUUGAGAAAAAAUGGUGCUUCUUAUCAAGUGGAAUUACAAACGUCUGUGAGCCAGAAGAAUUAAUAGUCAGGGUAAAACAAUUUCAAGAGGGAUGUCAAUUGAUCUUUUCAUAUCAGUCUUCCUUAUCUGUUACUCCCCAGACCACACACACUGUUAAUCUCCAAACGACACACACAUUAGGUCAGAGACACAAAGUACACUCAUCUCUCUCUCUCUCUCUCUCUCUCUCUCUCUCUCUCUACGUGUUUAUAAUGUUUUUGCGCAACAAUAUUCGUGAUGAUGUCCGAGCGUGCAGGUGUUUGUGUUGAACAAUUUUUGUAACAUUUGUACAAAGCCUUGUUAAGUUAACCUUGUAAAUAUAAAUAUUAUGUUAUCAAA